AUGUACUGCUUCCUCUCCACCAUGUCCUUGGCUGACAUCUGUGUCAUCUCCACCACAAUCCCCAAGAUGAUUGUGGACAUCAUGACUCACAACCGAGUCAUCUCCUACGGGGGCUGCCUGACACAGAUGUCUCUUUUUGUGCUUUUUGUUUGUAUGGAUGAUAUGCUUCUGAUCAUGAUGGCCUAUGACCGGUUUGUGGCCAUCUGUCACCCCCUGCACUACCAGGUCAUCAUGAACCCUCGCCUCUGUGGCUUCUUAGUUUUGGUGUCUUUUCUUCUUAGCCUUUUGGAUUCACAGCUGCACAAUUUGACUGUACUACAACUCACCUGCUUCAGGGAUGCAAAAAUUCCUAAUUUCUUCUGUGACCCUCCUGAACUCUUCAAGCUCACUUGUUCUGACACCUUCAUCAAUAAUAUCAUCAUGUAUUUAGUUGGUGCCAUAUUUGGUUUUCUUCCUCUCUCAGGGAUCCUGUUCUCUUACUAA